CCUGCGGGGCUUUGGCUAUGGCGAUGGCCAAUUGCUCACUCUCCUCGUCUGCCCUUCAGCACCAUGCCUCCGCCAUGACUCUCUGAGCUCUUGCUCUUCAUACGCUGGCGCCGUGUUCAUGGCGACAUUAGAGGCGGCGAAGACCGCUGAGGACCUCCGUCGCGAGAUUGACGAACUCCACCGCCAACAGCGAGAGAUUAAUGAGCGACUGCGAGAUCCGAAAGGGUUACGCAGAAAUGCUCUCGGCGGUAAAGCGAGGAACAUUGAUGCGGACGGUUCUCACCAGCGCAAGAACGCCCCGCGAGGUGUCAUCAGGCGGGGGGACGGCUUUGACGGCUAUGAACAACGUCCUGGAAAGAGAAGGUUGCUUUCAGCUGUAGUGAAGGUUGUGCAAGAGGAGAAGCUGCCGGAAACAGACAAUGAAAUAGAAGAAAAUAAGAAAACCCAACCUGAUAAAGAUGACGCAGAUGAAGAAACUGAUCUUGCGGAUCGGCGGCCAACACUUCAACGCAAUUACAAUGCAGAUCACUCUAAUCCUCUUCCAGCAGUAGAUUCGCAGCGAAGGGGCAACUCCGACUCAAACACGCGCACUUCUACCACGGGCGGACAUCGUUCUGGGGGACCAGGAGGACCAAGAAGGUUUCCUAAGGAGAGGGGCUUCCUUGUCCGUGUCAGCAAUCCACAUCAGAAUGACGAUGCACAACCUGCUGAACCAGCACCUAGGGUUCUGUCCAAGACAAGUGAUCCUAAUGUUGCUAAGCGCAACCGACGUAUGUUUGGGGCUCUUUUAGGUACUUUGGAGAAAUUUAGGCGGGAGGACGAAAAGCUAUCUGGAUCAGAAUCAUUUCAGCGUCGAUCUGAACAGUUGAAGAAGGCAGAACACAAAGCCCAAGAAGAAAAUGAGCGUUUACGUCAGCAAGAGAAAGAAGCCUUGGCUGAGAAACGUCGAGCUGACCUGAUCUUACGAGCAAAACUGGCAACAGAAGCUGAGGCCAAGCAAUUAGAGCUCCUCUUUUUGCAGUGGGCAGAACAUCAUACUCGGCUUGCUAGCUUCAUUAAAACAAAAGCGGGACCUAGAAUUUAUUAUCUACCAGUGAAGUCUAGUGAAGAGACGGACAAGUUGCUCCAGGAAGCCCAGCAGGAUCUGGAAGAAUGGAAGGCUAGAUCACGUGAAGAAUUGUCUGAGUGCCAGAAGCGAAUAUCUGAACUGAGCAUGGAAAACUUGGAUGCUGAUUUUGAGAGAUGGAAAGACGGACCUCCUGGGCGAACUGAAGUCUCCAAUAACAAACUGGCUGCUGAGGCUAAUACAGGAGUAGAAAGUGGUGACAAUAUCCCUGAACAACCUGGAGAAGGAGAUGAAAUAGUUGAAGAUAAGCAUGACGACACUGGUGCGAUUCUUGUAGAUGAGCAUGAAAGGGUCAAAAUUGAGGAUGCGGGGACUAACAAAUUGGUCAACGUAUAGAUAAUGUGAUGCAAAUGAAGGUGAGAAAUCGAUGGUGUUCUGCAACUUCAUGAUCGUUGUUGCCUGGAGAUUUUAGAAUAGAUGACUUUGAGACUUGCGACUCUGUUAUUGUGCAAUAGCAACUUAUUUCUCCUGGGCUGUUCCGUGUCCAUGAUUGUUGGGUAGUUCAAGAGCACAACGGCAGGAGAUUUUGGGAUACAGUCUAAAGCCCUAGUAGGAACAUUUUUCACGCAGUCUUAGUUUAUUAAAGAUCCAUGUAGAGAUCAUCUUUCAGGGUCAAACAUGUAUAGUGGGAUAACUUUUGUCAAUUCUAAGUGCCCUUGCGGUUAAAGAUGCCAAUCACUAAUGUCCUUCCCUGUCAACGAAAGCUCACUGAUGGCUUUCAAGGGGCCGACUUGUUGAUUGUUGACCAAGAAAUGGAAGGUACAAGGGUAGCAUGAAGUUGUCAUAUGCAGCUGAAGAAACCUUUGUACGACGGUCUCAUCCUUUUGGAGUAUUCUGAGGUA